GUCUGACUUUAUGAAUUCACUAUUAUAAACCAUUUUUUUGUUUGUAGAUAAAAUGAAUACAUUCAUCAAUAAUGAAGAGUUCAAGAAGAAAGUUAUCUUCAUAAUGGGGGCCACAGGAACGGGAAAAUCCCGUCUCUCCGUUGACCUUGCCACCCAUUUUCGAGGAGAAAUUAUCAACUCGGAUAAAAUGCAAGUUUACAAGGGACUUGAAAUUGUUACAAACAACAUCACACAUACUGAAAAACAAGGUGUACGACACUAUUUGUUAGGUGAAAUUGAACCAGAUUUAGACUUCACAGCUGAAGAUUUUUGUUUGCGAGCUAUCAUCUAUAUAGAAAAAAUACUGAAGACUCAACGUGUUCCAAUUAUUGUUGGAGGGUCAAAUUCGUAUAUCGAAAAACAUGUGGAAGAUCAUGUGUUCAUGUUCAAAUAUAAGUAUGAUAGCUGCUUUAUUUGGAUUGAUGUUGAGCAAUCAGUCUUGAACCAUAAAGUUGACAUGAGGGUUGAUCAAAUGGUCAAAGCAGGGCUAGUGGAUGAGGUGCGACAGAUUUUCAUUCCAGAUGCAGAUUACACCAAAGGAAUCCGACGGUCCAUCGGGGUCCCUGAAAUGGACAGAUAUUUAAGGGAAGAAACAAAUAUAGACGGAGAUGAUGAAUCAAAGAAGAUUAUUCUUCAAGCUUUAAUUUCAAGUAUCAAGCGUAAUACUCGUAUGUUAAUUUGUAACUAA